UUCGCAUCUCUAUUUCCGCUGCUCCGUCGUUGUUUUUUCAUAGCUAGUUUGACUAAAGUAAAUAUGUGAGAAAAAACCCGUGCGGUCGCUUGUUGUUUUGGAUAAUUCGCGAAAAGAAGAUAUUAUCGAGUGUCUUUGUCGCAUGGCUCAAGAAGAACGUGAUGGUGUUUCGCGAGAUCUUCCGUGGCCGCAUUUCUUCCCACGGGGACGCCGAAAAGCUUCGCAAGGAAAAGGGGUAAAAACUUCUGCUUAAGCGUGCUUUACAAGAAGCGGGCAUGUGGAGGGCGAUGACGGAUACAACUAGCGGCAUAGCAAACCGGUCGUGGAGACCGCCCCCAACUUCCGGAAAGAAAAUUAGCCGCGACCGACUUGGACCAAGGCGAGGUGCCCGCACCUGUGGUCCUCGGGUUACAGGUCUGCUUUCAACAUCCCUGCUGGCGCAGAUACCGAUCUUAUUCUACAAGGUUGCAGUCGUGCUCUGUGCCGCACGAACCUCGCUUGCAGGAGGAGACACGGAUUGGCAAGAGGGGCUGCAUGACACAGGAGGACCAGGAGUAGCAACGCUGCCACCAGGUGACAUGAAGAUACCACCGGUAAGCAGAGCUGCAUCGAGUCCAAAUGGACAAGAACACCCAGGGUAUUUGUUCUCAUCGGCUGGAGCUGGAGCUGGUGCAGCUCCCGUGCUGCAUGCACACGACGAGGACCUCCAAAAUGGUCGUCCUAUCGACCCGGGUGCAGGUGCGGGUUCGGAAAAUGAAAUGUUCGAGGACGGAGAGCAGCUUUUGGAUGCCGUGCGUGAAGAGACCGCGGCACAGGCUCUCGCGGACUGGGAGCACGGCACCUCGUUCCUGGAAAAGGGCCCGUGCUGUGACCCCGUGGAAAUGGAUGAUAGCGGUAUAAUGAUCUUGCAAUUUUCACUGUUGACACUGUUCUUUCGAUGUUCUUUUUUGUAUAAAUGAAGUUUGAAAGUUGCAUAUUGUUCUAUGAAGGCUGAAGUUGUAUAGUGAAAGAAUGUAUCACACGAUAAAUAUCGAACAGACGGUGUCCGGAGAUACAAGCCCGCGCCGUACGAGAAGCCGAUGCAGCGAGGCGGGACGCUGGGCGCCAACCGCGGCCGGGGGGCGGACUCCGACACACCCGAAGUGAAAGUGUACAAAGACAGCAAAGGAAGAGCGGGGGCGGUGGCUACCAAAAUGAAGAACGUGUUCCACUCCACCGCGGGCAUGAUGGGGACCAUCAGCGUAUUGACAGGAAAAAUCCCCUCCCCAUAUUGAAACGGUAUGUCUCCGGAAAUUUGUGUUGCUGAUUUGAGGUCACAAAUCACAUUUGUCUUGCAAGAAGACAAGGGCAGAAGGUUCCGCCAUAUUAUGGAGGCGAUUUGUCAUGCCGUUGGGCCUAAAAGGGGGCCGCUUGCCAUGCUGGACAACUAGACCCAUACGCCCCCAGCUAGCCCGGGGAUCUGGCCGCAGUGCCUUUCUGCAACACAAAUCUGAUUUGUGUAUCCAAAUCCAGCAUCAGAAGUUUCGUUUUGCCGUCCCAGGAGCUGUUGUUGCUGUCUUUCGGUAGAAAUCACAUCGUCCAAAUAAUCCUACUAGAGUUUACCGGGUAUGUGGUAACAGCGAGCAUAAGGACGUUGGAUUUUUGACCGCUUCACAGUACAAGACCGGCACUUUUUGUGUCGGCCCGCCGAAGUUCCGCGUGCGGGUUUAGCAGUCUUCUUUCUCGCGAAAAAGGUGAGUCUCCUGACCCUUCCGGUCGUCACCACUCCGCCCGCGUUCGUGCUCGCACGGCGCCACGAUGACGAUGACGAUGGUUUAAGUUUUUUAGGUAUAGUCUAAACAGGGACACCCAGCCCUUAGCCAUCCAAAAUCAGAAGUUUCGUUUUGAUAUGGGGAGGGGGGAUUUUUCCUUUUGAUACAGCGACGGCCUAUCAAACUGCACAAAACUGCGUCAUCAAUGUGACCCUGAUCUAGCAAACUUGCACACGACCCGCAAAGAACGGAAAGGAGGAGUUUGCAUCUUUGCCGACGGCAAGAAUAUGAAUAGUUUUAGUUGAGUCGCAAUCUUCUGCAUCAGUAAAACAUUUAUUUGACAUAGGGCAAGAUGGACCUGUUGUGUCUUUGUUUGUCCUCAAGGACCAGUAGUUCGGCCUAUGGGCGGGCAGUUUUCAGUUUGAUAACGCAAACGAAAAACAAUCGAUAAUAGGAAAGCGAGAAACAACGCACGACAACUAUGUACUCAUACUUGUUUUUUGGCCGUCGGUUUAUUUCUACUGCGAUUUUUGGAAAAUUGAAAUUCAAAUGAAAUUAGAGUCUAAUUUCCGGUUAACUUCGAAAUUAUCUAAUUUCCGGUUUCCGGUUACAGACGUAUUGAAAAAAGUGACUCUGCAAAUGCGAUGAAUUCUUUAUAUGGUGGCGCAUGCGAGCAACGGACAGAUUAUCCAUCGAAGAAAGAAAAACCGCAACAAACAGCAUACAAGGAGAAUGUGCAGAGGAAAUAUGAAAGUGAAAAUAUUGACCGGCUCCCAUGAACUAAUACAACGACCUCUUAUCGAGAACCACAUAUCUUCUACCCCUAGAAUUUGUUAAGCGUCGUGAUGUCAUGCCACUUUGCAGGAGAUGAAGGUCCGUCUGGUGCCACGAGAACUUCGCAGUUACUUGUUGCAAAAGCUUUCAAGAACUGAUGAGAAUUAUGAGUCUAACGGCCACGGAGAUCCUCAUAGGUCGCUGUUUAUGGGUUCCGAUUUUUUCACUUUGAUUUGUUGGGCGGCGGAGUAAUGGGAAAACUCGGUGCAGCUAAGGACUUUGUGACUUUAUCAAAGUGAAGCGUGUCGUGCGCGUUUCGAUUUCCUUCCUUCCCGCUCAGAACACUACGAUGUGACGGUUCUCAUGCCAUUGUGCAUGAUCCAGAAUGUGUAUGUGACGUGGAUGGUGCUCUCCCUUGGGUCGUGUGACGGGAAAGUAAGUACGAAUUGGGGCUCCAGCUUUGCGUGAGAGAGAGAAACGAAACUUAUCGGUGGUUCUGGGUCUACUUUCACCGGGGGGAGGGAACAAAUUUGCAAUCCAUACAGUGGGAAGAAAGUGUACGACUCGGAUUCGGACAAUCGGGAAGACGAUGCAGAUUUCCGGACGGGAAACGUCGGGUCUGGAGCGCAUCAGACCGCCAAUGUGGCACGCAUGCCCCAACAAACUCAGGUGGAGGCGUUGCCAUCCGGGAAAAAGGUGAAACAGGAUUCCACGGCGGAAACAUCGGAAACGGAAGAAGGAAGUACUUUUUUUACAACCGCGUGGUCUUCUAUUCAUCUUGCUGGCACAUUCAUUAAGCAUGACUAUUUCCGAAGAAGUAGUAGAAAUGACUAUCAUUCAAAAAGCUUUUUGCGUAACUUGAAAUAGAAGCGAGCACACUAUUUCAGACUUGAAGUUGAAUAGUGAGAAAGAGAAAUCAAAUCGAACGUACGAGGAGCGUUGUAUUCCUUAGACGCAAGAAGAGAAGCUCCUACAAAUUCUUGCACACAACAGGUACAGACGACGAGGAUGAGUCCUGGGAUGAUGACGAGGAAUAUAUUCACGGGUAAAAAAGUCACCCCCCCCCGCCCAUAUUAAAUUUCCACACGAUAAUUAAUCCGAUUUGAUUCUCGCUGUGGUUUUUCUAUCUUCUUACUUGAGUCACCAUCGCCAGCAGAAUCACACCGGUAGUAGCCUGCUUGACGAGAAAGGAUACAUAGUGAGUAACUACUUCUUGUUCGAAAAGUAGUUCUUUUGGUCUUAGCGGGGGCGUGGCUUUCAACCCAGGAUACUAGAUUACGACAAACGCAGUAGAAGAGGCGGAGGCGACGAUAGUUUUGAUGUCAGCGAGGGCUACAGCGACGAUGGCUACAGUGGAAGCGGCGCGAGUAAAAGUGACGACGGCGACGGCUACAGCGACGACGAUGGUUUAUCAAAUGUAAAAAUGUCUGGGUCUGGAAGAAUGCAACUUGUCAUGCUAAAUCUGAAGCAUACAAAAAGCUGUGUUGCAUGAUUACCAAAGUCGUCCAGUUUUGGCCAAGUCGGGAGGGAGUUUCUCAUGCAGGAUAGGCAUGAGAGAGAGUGCACAGAAUCUGUCAUGUUAGGUCCUGCAUUACAGACCUCAUGGGUCAUGGAAAAGCUGCAUGACAAAUCGCGCACUCUUCCAGACCCAGACAUUUUUGCAUUUGAUAUGGUUACACCGAUGACGACAGUGGCGCCGCCAGCAACAGCGACAGCGCGACCUCCGAAACGCCGCCCAGUAAGACGAGCAGCAAGACAAGCAAGAGGAAGAAGGCUAGUGCCAGCGCCAGUGCGACGUCCUUCCUGCAAGAACAUCAACUGCAGAAGAAACGAAUCGCCAGGAAGAAACAAAAGCAGAAGAAAAAAGCAGCAGCUGCGAAGAAGUUUUACAAGAAGUCCGGCACGCUAAAAUCGGGGAAAAUGCAGUCUUUCUUACAACUGCACGAGGAAAGCGAGGACAGUGGUGUACUAGGUCCUGCGCUGCUGGGAGGACAAGCAGGACAACAAGAACCCGAGAUGCUGGACGACCCGCGGCCGACUGCCUUUAUUUCCUCCUCAAGAGCAGCUGCACCGUCGAGUUGGAGAAGCAAAAAGAGAAAUAAGCUGGUCGCAGAUCCUGGUCUCGAAGACUCGACGUCGUCCGCCUUGGCAGCAGGAAGUAGAACAGCCGUCCAACGAGGGCCUUCAGCGGGCGCCGGGGGAAAUAUGAAAACUCCCAAGGAGGUCAUCAUGUUGUUGUUGUCCGGAAGUAUUGAAACGACUGGAAGAACUACCAGCGGAGAUGAAAGUACCAACACAGCCGGGACAAGUGUGUUGCAGCAGGGCGAGAAGAUUCAUUUCCCUUCAACAUCAUUCUUGCCAACAUCUUCGUCUCCCACCACCGGUAAGGGUGAUGACAUGGGUGCAUCUACUACUGCUGCAUCACUAGAACAAGCGGGAGGAGCUGCCACUGAGGAAACAAGAAGCCAGGAUGGAGUAGAAGCCGCUUCCUCCCGCACUACAGUGUUUUUACAACCCGUCGACAGCCGGAUUGGGGAAAAUGCGGGGAAUAGCACGACAUUAACGAUCUUUCCCUCUUCAUCGCUAGAAAUUGUACCCGGUAGUAGAACAAGCACAACCCCGUCCACAUUUCUCGAAGAACAAUCCGCCUCUUCUCUUGACUCUGGGUCAAAAUCCCAGGAGGAUUGGCGAGGAGCAAAAGAAGCCUCGUCCACUUUAACACCAACAUCUUUGGGAGAAGUUACAGGCGAAAGAAGGCUGCACGAGACUGAUCGAAAAGAUGAAAAUGUGGAAGAGCAACAGGGAUCUGCUCCAAAUCGAUCACUAGAACAAGCGAUAGAAACCGAGAACGAUGAGCAGCAGCCUGACCUGGAGCCCCCUCUAGUAAAAACGGGGUCGUUGACAACUGCAGCAGCCCCCUCCUCAAGUUCUUCUUUUCUCCAAGAGCAACAAACUGCACGACUUGAGGGCGGCACGGGGGGCAGCAGAGGAAGCAUGGGAGCAGAUGAUGACAAUCUAAAUCCUCUGCUGAACUACGACGAAGCAACACCUGGUCAAGCGGAGUCAACGGAUCAUGUCGAGCAGCGAGCAGCUGUCAUCACGGGUGAAGACGUCCUUCCACCUUCUAGCGGAACAAGGCCAAAAACUGCUCUGCGGGGCGCUGGAAGGGUGAGAUGGCCGCAAGUAGCAGCAGUGCAAGGCGGAACAACGACAGCUGCGGUGGGCACAGCAGAAGGAGGUAGCUCGGCUGCUGCCGGAAUGACUGAAACGCCAGUUGUGCGGAAAACCAAUUUGCGGGGCGGGAUGAAAAACUUGUAGGUCGCUGUUUUUCCUCCAGCUGCGUUGAAUUUCAAGAAAAGUUUCAAAGAAAUUAAACAGAACAUUUAAUGUACCUGAUGCAGAUUUACACUACGUUUGUUGAUGCUCACAAUGAAUCUUGAUUUUACUUGCUAACAAAUUCAGUCAAAGUCGCAAUUCCAAAUUACACUAGAUUGCGCAAAGGUACAACUAGGUCUUGCCGAUUGCAUUGUACAAAAAUCUCAGUUUCUUGUCAAUCUUGUAAUGUACACCAUUGCC